GGUUCAUCAGAGUUACAUCCUGACUCUCGGUCAGCAUUAACCGGUGGUGACUUGGACCGGGUUUGUUGGGUCUGUCUUGAAUCUGAUCUGGUUGAGGAGCCCAACGGUAACUGGUGCAGACCCUGUAGAUGUCGCGGGGCUCUUAAGUGGGUUCACCACAGCUGUCUUCAACGGUGGAUCGAUGAACAACAAUCAACUCGAGGGCAAUCUUCUCCGGUCUCAUGUCGAGCUUGUGGGGCCCAGUAUGAAAUUAUCUACCCACCGACCAGUGUUUUCUAUCUCAUACUGGAAGCCAUGGACUCCAGAACUCGAGUUUUGUCGUACUAUCUUGCUGGUGGCCUGGUAAUCGGUUCGUUCUACUGGUCGGCUGUAACAUAUGGUGCAGUAACCGUAAUGCAAGUGCUUGGCCAUCAAAAGGGACUGCAGCAAAUGGAGCGAAUGGAUCCAUUAAUUUUGUUGCUCACAUUGCCUGUGAUUCCAGUUGGCCUGCUGGUGGCUAAGGCGGUCCCCUGGGAGAACUGUCUGCGUUCAUUGUGGAGACAAUACAUCAGUCGGCUGGGCUUUGUCCGAUGGCUAACGUGUAAAGGUUUGAUUAUUUGGGAUCGAAAUCAACGAAUCCAGUCUAUUUUUUAAAACUAUAUUUCGCUUGAUUUGCGGUUCUCAAAAGGUGUUUCAUGUCUGUCUAAAUGGACCUGAUAGAGAAGUCGACAAACUCUCUUCCUCAAUUCAUCAUUAUUAGUAGCAGCAGAGGAAGCACCGUCAAUUUUGACACUGAUGCUUUACUGCCCAACACUCAUUCUGUGCUGCAUCUUUGCAGUUCUGUACUUCUGUGCAGAAUCUUAAACCCUGCUGAAGGGGAAGCUUCCGUUUUAGGUUUGUGUUACAUGUGGAAGUCAACCAAGUGCGCCAGUCUCUAUACUGAAGUGUAAUGAAG